AUGUCGCGUCUCGAAGACAUUCCCACACCCGACAAUGGCUUCUAUGUUCUCGUCACGGGCGCAAACAGCGGCCUGGGGCUGGGUAUCGGAACCCGCCUGAUCGACGAAUUCCUACAGACGCGCCCCCAGAACGAAUCCCUCGUCCUCAUCAUCACGACACGCGAUCAACGGAAAGGCGACGCGACGAUCGAGACGCUAGACCAGCACUUGCGCAAGGUCAUUCGCAGCCAUGAACAGAAGCUACCGGGCAUUGCACAGGUGCUGCAGAAUCGCGUGUAUUUCCGGCAGGAGCGACUGGACCUGCUGAGUCUGGUCUCGGUGCAGAAGCUGAGCAAGAAACUCCGGGAAACGACACCGAAGCUCGAUGCAGUCAUCUGCAAUGCUGGCAUAGGCGGGUGGACGGGUAUUGACUGGCCGCGCGCCGUCUGGUCCGUCUGCACAAAGUGGUUGCAGGCUACCACCUGGCCGACGUACAAGAUCUCUGGUCGCGAAUGGCUUGCAAAGGAACAAAUACCUGCGGACAAGAAAACGGAAAAGGAGCCUCCUUUGGGCGAGGUCUUCUGCGCCAAUGUCUUUGGGCACUAUCUGCUAGGACACUACCUCGCAUCCUUACUGGCGAAACAUCCUAGAAACGAGGGCACAAGGGGCAGGAUGAUUUGGGUCAGCAGCUUGGAGGCGUACGAGCACGUCUUCGACACAGAAGACAUACAAGGCAUCACAUCGCAUAUGCCAUACGAGGCCACGAAGAGGCUGACAGAUGUCCUGGCCAUCACCUCUAGAUUACCUUCAACCACGGAGCCUGUCGACCAGUACCUCGACCACGCCCAAGAUACCGAAAAGACCACGAAGCCACGGCUCUACGUUACACACCCAGGCAUCUGCGCCACUUCGAUCGUCCCCCUUCCCCUCAUCCUCCAAUGGGCCAUGGUUGCGGCCUUCUACAUAGCGCGCCUUCUCGGCAGCGAUUGGCAUACCAUCUCGGUCGACAAGGGCGCGACUGCCAUGGUCUGGCUGGCGCUUGCAAGUCAAAGCACAUUGGACAACAUGGAGGCAAAGGAAGGCGUAGGAAAGUGGGGAAGCGCGGCGGAUGUUUGGGGUCAGGAGCGUGUAGAUCGCACUGAGGUGGCAGGAUGGGGAUGGGGAGGCAAGCUGGGAGAGUACAAGAGGAAGGGGAGGGAUCCGUACGCCAAAGACCUGACCAAGGAGAGCCAAGAGCGCUUCACAGAUACUGGGAAGAAGUGCUGGGAGGAGAUGGAGAGGUUGCGCGUCGAGUGGGAGGACCGACUGCGACAGGCUGGCAUGGCAGUGGAGAUGGAAUGA